AAGGAACCAUUAUUUUCGAAAAAUUCGUAAACUCACUUUUCUUCCUCUCUCUCUCUCUCUCUCUCUCAUUUUCUCUCCCUUUCACACUUAUAAUCCUAAUUAAAUAUUCGAAAAUGUAAUUCUCUCGAUUGUUUUAUCUUCAUCUUCUUCCUUUCUCUUCAUCAUCUCCAUCAUUACAAAUCUACUAAUUCUACUACUUAAUCACUUUGAAUUCGCUGACCGUUAAGUGACCUUAAAAUCCGACGAUUAACAAGAAAAUGGAUUUAAAUUCGGGUGAAGAUGAACCACUAACUCCAACAACUUAUAAGAAACGAUAUUCAUCUUCCUGGUUCUAUGGUCAACAGGAUAACAGUUUUCCAACGAUCGAAGAGCAAGUUGAAUUGUGUCGGAAAAUCGCCUCACAAUUAGUUAAUGAUGAGAAUAAGGAAUCAAAAGGAGCUUCAAUGUUUUACAAGAGGGUUAAACGAGCACCUAAAUGGGUUCACCAAUCAACUCGAAUCACAACAAUUAACAGUGGAUCAACUAAUACAUUGAACAAUAUUGGCGAUGAUAAAUCAACGGGAGCAAUUGGAUUGAGUGGUGAUCAAGGAUGUAGAUCGGAAGAUGAAAGAGAACAAAUUGAAAAGAUGAGACAAAGAUUUCGAGAUGAAUCUCGGCGACCAUUGAAAUUAAUUCUUGACCCUCGAGAAUUAAAAUCAGUUGAAAGACUACGAAAAAGUGGAACUUCAUUUUCUGAGCAUAACGUAAUCUCACCUGAUGUUUGCCAUAAUUUGGUAAAAGAUUUAAACUCACCUGAGAUUAACAAAGGAGCUCAAAUAUUUUUAAAGCGAAAGGAGAAAAGUACUCAAUGGGUUGUGGAGGAAAAUCAGGCGACCAGGGAGAUCAGGGAGAUAAAGGAGAGACAAGAGAAACAAUUGGAAACCCUAACCACCGGCUCAGAAUUAUCCAGUCGACCCGAAUCUCGAUUAUCCAAUUACAAUAGCAAUCAACUGCCAUCAUUUAUCAACAAUCAACAACAACAACAAGCUAAAUUGUUGGAGCAACAGCAACAACAACGUGUACGUUUAGUUAAAUCACCUUGGGAAGCAGCAUUAACAACAGGUAAUGUCGACAAUGCUUUUGUCACUGUAACACCGUCGAGAGUUGUGAAAACGGUUAAAGAGGUUGCUGCUGUUAAGAAACAAUCAUCUCUCGAUAAUCAACCAUCAUCAUCAUCUUUAAUUGCUGAUGAUUUAAUGGCUACAACAUCAACAACAACCACAACUUCAACAAUUAACAAAGUGACCACCAAUUCCAGUGGAGAUAAUAAUCAAAAAGUUAAUUACAAUAAAGAUUUGUACUUGGCCCGAGCUCCAAGAGGUUGGAACACCAAUGAACCUCGACGUGAUGAUGGACAACAACAACAUCGUCCAGUGUCAACUGCAAGUUUUUACCAACAACAUUACUAUCAACCAGGCUCAUCAUCUUAUUCACCAUUAACGGUUGGAGCCAGUUUACCAGAUUCUUCUAGGAAUUCAAGUCGCCUUGGAAUUUAUGAUCAAUCAAGCAUCUCUGAACCCACACCCAUGAUGACCACUGCCACCACCAAUACACCUUCCACCUUUAAUAGAAGCACCAAUUAUGGGACUUUAUAUACCAGCCAACAAAAGCCUUUAACCUCCACAUCGACCCAUCAACAAAGUAGCAUUGAAUUACCUCAUUUCAAUUUAUUGUCAUUUGCUUCAUCUCAAAACUGUUUACCCAAAUAUCGUGACUUCAAUUCAUCUCCUCGAGGUUUUUUUCGAUGAAAAUUGUUUCAACCAAUUUCGAAAAAUGUUCACAAAUCAAAUUGAACUCUAAAGAUUAACUAUCAACAGAUUUUCUGUUCUCUUUUCUUCUUCUUCUUCUUCCUCCUCUUCUUAUUCUGUGCAAUUUUAACCUUUAAACUUUCGUGUGUUCAUCCAUAUAAAUAUACAAUGUAAUCUUUAAAAUUGAUUCUCCUCUUUCCCGAAACACAAAUUUACCAAUUCACCUAAACAAAAUCAAACAUCGAACACACCAAUUUCAAUGUAACAAUUAUAAACCUUAAUCCAAAUCCUUCCAUCCUUAACACGAGAAACAAACAAAAAAUCAAUCGAAAUUGUUGAAAAUUUCUCUUAUUGUUGUACCUUAUCAAUCAGAUUCGAUAAAAAAAAAAUGUCCAAUUGUCAAAA